UUAAAUAAAAUCAAUAUGGGAGGGAAUAGGAAAAGAUUUUCCGUCUAGGCCUUCGAAAUUCUUAACACUGCCCUGCUCAGUUCCGCCGUCGAUGAAGUCAGUGAGCUUAGCGUCUUCAACAUUUCCUCCGAUUAUAUCUACUCAAGAACACGCCCUUAGGCGGCAAGCCAAUUUUUCCCAAUCUUUGCGCUUUCCGUUUCACACGUUCUCGUCGCAGCACAAGCACGUGAACGCGCCGCGGUCCAUGGCGGCGGAGAAGACAAAAGAAAAAGAAGCGAAGCUAUGGGGUGGUCGGUUCGAAGAGAGCGUGACGGAUGCUGUGGAGAAAUUCACGGAGUCAAUUUCGUUCGACAAAGCUCUAUACAAGCAGGAUAUCAUGGGCAGCCGAGCUCACGCGUCAAUGCUUGCAGCCCAGGGAUUGAUUAAUGAAAAUGACAGGGAUUCAAUUCUACAAGGUCUGGCUGAGAUAGAGAGGCAAAUUGAAGCAGGCCAGUUCAUCUGGAGGACUGACAGAGAGGAUGUGCACAUGAACAUUGAAGCCGCGCUUACUGAUUUAGUUGGUGAAUCUGCAAAGAAGCUUCAUACUGCUAGGAGUCGAAAUGAUCAAGUUCUAACUGACUUUCGUUUAUGGUGCCGGGAUGCUAUUGACAGAACCAUUUUGAGUGUCAAAGGUCUUCAGGUUGCUCUGAUUAAACUCGCCAUAAUAAACAAGGGUUUGAUUGUUCCUGGAUAUACCCAUUUGCAAAGAGCACAACCAGUUCUGCUGCAACAUCUUCUCUUAUCAUAUGUUGAGCAGCUUGAACGUGAUGCUGGCCGUUUAGCAGAUUGUAGAGGAAGGCUGAACUAUUGUCCUCUAGGAGCGUGUGCCUUAGCUGGUACUGGUCUUCCCAUAGACCGCUUCAUGACCUCUGAUGCAUUAGGGUUCACUGCGCCCAUGAGGAACAGUAUUGAUGCGGUAUCAGAUCGUGAUUUCGUAAUUGAGCUUUUGUCUGCAAAUUCCAUUACUGCCAUCCAUCUCUCUCGUCUUGGUGAAGAAUGGGUAUUAUGGGCUUCAGAGGAAUUUGGCUUUAUCACACCAAGUGACUCAGUUUCUACCGGAAGCAGUAUAAUGCCUCAAAAGAAGAACCCAGAUCCUAUGGAACUUGUUCGUGGCAAGUCUGCCAGAGUUGUAGGUGACCUUGUCACACUUCUUGUUCUAUGCAAGGGGCUCCCACAGUCCUAUAACCGCGAUUUACAGGAGGACAAGGAACCUGUGUUUGAUAGUGUGAAGACCGUACUCGGAAUGCUUGAAGUGUCAGCAGAGUUUGCACAGAACAUUACUUUCAAUCGUGAACGAAUACAAAAGGCUUUACCAGCUGGUCAUCUUGAUGCCACUACUCUAGCAGAUUAUCUCGUGAAAAAGGGGAUUCCUUUCAGGACAUCACAUGACAUAGUCGGGAGGGCUGUUGCCUUGUGCGUUUCUAGAAACUCACAGCUUCAAGAUCUUAGCCUUGAUGAGCUGAACAGCAUUAGCCCAGUGUUUGACAAGGACGUAUAUGAGUUUCUUGGAGCUGAGAAUGCGAUAAAGAAGUUCAGCUCUUACGGCUCGACCGGUUCCGAAUGUGUCUCUAGUCAACUUGAUUACUGGAUGGCCAAACUUGAACUUCAAUAAGCGGCUGAUGUGUAAAGAAUGCUCAGUGAGGAUUACACCUCAGAGUGAAAGAACUACGUUCUAUCUCUAAACCUUGCUAGCAUCCCAGGAUGGAUUACUUUUAUAACCUUUUCUUUUGUGUAUUCUGAAAAAUUACACCACCAAUAAUGUCAUGUGCAGGCUGUAAUUUAAGUUUGUAACUCGAUGUGAUUUGCUGAGAAUGUCUUCUUGCUAUUUGUUGAGUCUCGAACCCGACUGUUAAAGAACAUAUUAUUGCUGCAAG